AGUCUGACCAUGCAACUGACCCCGGUGACCCCUAGCCCUAUACGGAGACGGAGACAGAGACAUCUUUGUGUUGACCGGGAUACACAAAUAUCCAAAGAGCUGUUAAGGAAUAACAUGAAGGCAGGGGCUGAUACCUGUCUCCCAUUUGUCUUGCCUGACCCAAAAAAUUCUACAGUGAAAGAUUUAUUCAGUAGACCUGGAAAAAGAGCUCUGAGCCAUCCAUCCAUUUUACCUUUAUGGGAGAGAAACACAAAGUAUGGAAUAUCGGAGACAGACUCUGACCGUGGGAUUCCUGUAUGGAGUGUCCCUGACCUACAUCUACAGGAGGAAGCAGAACCACGUUCAAGAAAAAGACUGCGGACCUCAACAACACCAGCUGAAAAACCGGCAUCACCUCCUCGGGACAUGGGACCUGAUGUUACUACUGUGGUACCAACAGUGGAUCCAGAGGUGACGUUGGAAAUGCCGUCAAUAGAGAUCGCACGAGAUCCCUCCGUAUCUAUGGAGAAGAGUCGCCAUGGAGACGUGACCCCUGUCUCCAUACAUCGCAGUCGUAGCUUAAUCUCGGACGUGGACAAAAGUAAAGACAGCUUUACUGAAGAACCUAGUGCCAAGAGAAGCAGAUCCUCUAGAAAGACGAGGUCAAGAGGAGGCACCUCCAGUGAGGAUGAUUUGAUGGACGUUGCAGCUCAGACAAUAUCGGAAGCAAGUUUCCCGACCAGAGAGGACAUUAGUAUCACUGGUAAUCUGUCUGUAGUCCAGGAAGAGGAACUCCAUGUCAGUCACCUCCGGGAAAUGCCAUCAAUCGUGGCAGAACCGGAGCCCUCAACACCUCAGAGGGACAUCCUCAUCAGAACUGUUGACCGGCUAGACAGACAGGAGGCACCCACUACCUUCCAACACAUCUGUCCUGUGCAAUCCUCCUCCCGGAAAAUGGUUGCCAAAAUGUUCUCCACUUUACUGAAUUUGUGUGCCGAAAACAAGUUAGAAGUGGAACAACACCGUCCCUAUGGUGAUAUCUACAUUAGGAAGGGACAGAACUGGUAGUUCAUUCCUAUACAGCCAUCUGAUCACUAACCCGUGUUUACAGUCAUAUUGGAACAGUUAUAUUUUUGUAUUUAUGAUAUUUCAGUAGAAAGGUAUGAUUGAGAAUCCAUGUAAUGAUAAAGAGAGUGGAUCUGUUUGUUAUAUUUCUUGUCAUAGUUCGUUGAAUACCUUUACAAACAUUUUGUUUUUUGGAUCAUGAAAAGAAAUCACUUGCUGAACUGAUAGAAUCAAAAUUUAAAUGAAGUUUACUGUGUAAUUAGUUUUUGUCAAAAUGAGAUCUUGAAUGGCUUUUUUUUCUUUCACCGAAAUUCAGAAUAGUUUCCCAUGAAGAGAAUCUCUUUCUAUUGAGAUCGAUUUGGACUACAGUUAACAUUUAUCCAGGUCCCUCAAAUUGUGCCAUUAUUCUUUUUUGACUAGAAUACCAGACACAUAUAAUACUGAGGGUGACAGAUUUGUCAUUAUUGAUGAAUUAAUGUGUGACAUAUAUUUAAUAUAUCUGUUGACAUACUGUAAACGUGGUUAUUUUUGUGGGGAUAAUUUUCGCGAUCGACCCACCUUCAUUCGUAGUUUAUACUCAAAUUAAUAUCAAAAUAAUACACGUGGGGGAAAUUUUCAAAAGGGAUCCGCAUAAUUAGCGUAAAUUUCCCCCUCGCAUAAAUUUCCACGUUGACAGUAUCAAAUAUAACUGGUGCAUAUCUAAUGUAUCUGGUGAAAGUUAUUAUUUAUAAAUGUCUUUAAUUGUUAAGUUUUGUUUGCUGUUAUAAAUAUUGGUUAUGUUAAAGAAUGUUGAAGAAAGAAAAUGGUUGAUGAAGGAUGACAUAUCUUGAUUUUAAUUAUUUUUACAUAAUCUGGUAUAUCACUUAAUUUGAUGUAUUUUCACUUUAAAAUCAAUCAUGUGACCUUAUGAGGACAUAUACCCCAAUCAAAAUCUGAGACCUUGGAAUUUGUUAUCAAUUUCCAUUAGUUCAUGUGAAAACCUUUCACAAAAUACAGGAUAUGUACAGUAACUGAUGAUUUUGUUUAAUUCUAUGAGUACUCAUUUCCAUGUUUUCAAGUCGAUCAUUAUUACUUAUUUAUUCCUGAAAAGUUAAAAUAUUUGAAGCAGCUUCAAUCUGUUGUCUGUUAUUGUUAUUUUUUCUAUUUUACAAAAUUUGUUUUGUUUUUAUUUACUUAAUUAUCAAAAUUGUUAAAUGUGUAUUUAUGCAAAAUGCUACAGUAUUAAAUGAACCAUUUAUUGUUUUAAUUUUUGUUUUGUUAUAUCAAAGUUUUUCAUUGUUAAAGAAUUGUUUGUCUUAAUAUUUAUUCAACGAAACUUGUUACAUAAUGUAAUUCAUGCUGUAAAAUUACAUUAGACGGUUAAAAUAUUUUUCGCUGUUUUGCACUUGAUUAAUUACAAUAUAAAGUCUCCACAGUUAUGUUUGAAAUAUUUUUAUUAGUUGUUACCGUUAACUUGUUAUAUUUAACCAACUCUUACAUUUUUUGCUUGUUCUAGCUGAUUUGAUGUUUGUGUUAUCUGGAAUAGUGAAAUUUUGUUUUACAUAUAAUGUUACAUUUUAUCCUUAUCUUAAUUAUUUUCUGGUUUUCUACUUGUAAGAAUAGAAUUAUGUAUUGUUUCACGCAUGGUAUGGGUUCCAUCACAGGGGCUUGGCACGAUUUUCCA